AACCAGCCUCCAGAAAGGAAAAGAAAAGGGAAGAAAAUCCCCUCCAACGGGGUACCAGCACCAACUGCCUUUCCUUAGAGAGGGUGAUGCGUGGAUCAACCAGAAUUUGACACGUGCCGGCGCCGUCCCACGAGACUCCUUGCCUCUCCAGUAACAUCUCUGGCUGAGCUGAGUAUAAAUGCAGAGGCCAUGCUGUCAGGCCUCUUCAGCUGAGGCCCCUAAUUCAUAUACCCCCUCUUACUCAUUUAGCUGCUUCUCUUUGUCCCUUCCCCUGUUUGUUCGAAGCAGGCACUUUGAUCUCUUCUUGUAAGUUUUUGCAUCUUCAGGAGGGGCUCAAGAACGCCAGCUCCUAGCAUUGAAUCCUGAGGCCGAGAGAUUCACCGGCACCGAGCGAAGAGCAUUUUCACCUGGUCAAUUCAGUUUAGUUCCUCUAGAAGAAUUCACUUACCAUGAAGAUAGUUCAGGAAGUGGUGCUCAUCUGGAUUGUCCUGGCUUUGUUCCUCCAAAAUGCCUGCAAUGUGGAAGGAAGAUAUCACUACCACAAGAGCCAGAAAAAGAAGGGCUCAAGUUCAACCUCACCAGUGCCUCCCCCUGAGUCCCAGGACCCUGCCCCUCCAUCCCCUGCCUACUCGCCUGUGCCUGCCGUGCCGUCCCCCCCGGGCCCCGACCCAUCCAACUCCAGCUCGAGCGGCAUCUACGACGUGACCGCCUUCGGAGCAGUUGGGGAUGGAUCGUCCGACGACACCCCUGCCUUCACGGCGGCCUGGAAGGCGGCUUGCGCGGUGGAGUCAGGUGUUGUCCUCGCUCCCUCGGGCCACACGUUCAUGAUCACUUCCACGAUCUUCUCGGGGCCGUGCAAGCCAGGGCUCGUGUUCCAAGUAGACGGGGUCUUGAUGCCGCCAAAUGGACCGGAUUCGUGGCCGAAAGCAGAUAGCAAGAAUCAAUGGCUUGUCUUCUAUCGGCUCGAUGGCAUGACUCUGACCGGGACGGGAACCAUCGAAGGCAACGGCGAGCCGUGGUGGGAUCUUCCUUGCAAGCCCCACAGGGGUCCGAGUGGGCAAACAGCAUCGGGACCGUGCGACAGCCCCACUAUGAUACGAUUCUUCAUGAGCUCUAAUUUGGCAGUCAACGGGUUACGAAUCCAGAACAGCCCUCAAUUCCACAUGAAGUUUGAUGGCUGUGAAGGAGUGCAGAUCGAAAAGCUGUCGAUAUCUUCCCCAAAACUUAGCCCCAACACGGAUGGUAUCCACUUAGGGAACACUAAAUCCGUGGGGAUAUACAACAGCAUGAUCUCAAAUGGUGACGAUUGCAUCUCCAUCGGAACCGGAUGUUCAGAUAUCAACAUCGAGGGUGUUACUUGCGGGCCGAGUCACGGGAUCAGCAUCGGGAGCUUGGGAGUGCAUAACUCGCAGGCGUGCGUCUCGAACAUAACGGUCCGAAACGUGAUGAUCAGGGAGUCCGACAAUGGGCUCCGCAUCAAGACAUGGCAGGGCGGGAGCGGAUCGGUCACGGGCAUCUCCUUUGAGAACAUCCAGAUGGAGGACGUGCGCAACUGCAUCAUCGUGGACCAGUACUACUGCCUCUCCAAGGCCUGUCGGAACGAGACCUCGGCCGUGUAUGUGAACGACCUCUCCUACCGCAACAUCAAGGGCACCUACAACGUGAUCAGCCCGCCGAUCCACUUCGCGUGCAGCGACACCGUGCCGUGCACCAACAUCACCAUGUCGGAGGUUGAGCUGCUGCCACACGAGGGCGAGCUGGUCGACGACCCAUUCUGCUGGAACGCUUACGGGGUCCAGGAGACCGUGACCAUCCCUCCCAUCGACUGCCUGCGAGAUGGGAUGCCUCAGACCGUGGCAGAGAGCCCUGCUUAUAGCUGCUAGGGAAGGACUGAUAAGGCAAUACAGCACUAUGAAUUUCACUGGCGACAGAUGAAAUUUGCCACAUUUGUAUAGAGGGACAUCAGCAACUAAUCAUCUGGAUUUGGCUAUUGAUUGGAUCUUUCCUUUCCCCAUUAGGCUCCAUCCCCACUAGGGUUGAUCCCUUUUUGUGUGAUGAGGUGUGGUAGUGUUCCUGGGCCUCUUUCCUUUUGCACCUUUUGAAAUUGGGGGGGUUUUUGUCUCUUUUUCCCACAUUGUAAUAUGCUGGAUUUCUGCUUUGCUAUACAUAUCUUUAUAGAGGUGUGACGAUUGAUAACA